AUGUGGGACCAGGGUAUUUUGGAGCUACAGUUCUUGGAAUCAGAGGUGUGGUGGUCCGCCUGGUCUCGUGAAGACAAGCACCUGGUGAAGUUCAUCACCCUCCCGGCGGGAUCGGAGUCGCUUCGAUUCGUAAUGCAAUUGCGCUCGACUAUUCAGAUUUCGUACGUGCAUCUGCACGAAGCCCGCCCCUUCCUGACCCUUGCCGCUGGAAACGCCCAGACCUGUGCACUCUUGUCAAGCACCGGCCAGGUCAAGUGCUUCGGUGGAAGUGCAAGCUGGACUUAUCACAUGGGCAGCGACCUGCCUCCCGUGGACCUCGGCCCUAGUGCCGAGGCGCUACAGGUUUCCUGCAGGGCAGGUCACCGCUGUGUAUUGCUACGGGGGGGCGGUGUCAAGUGUUGGGGUCAGGGGAACACCGGCCAGCUGGGGUCCGGCAGCAGCUCGGCUAUCGGUGAUGGUCUCGACUUGCGUCUGGUGGAUCUUGGCGGGGCCGACGCUGUGCAGGUCGUGGUCGGAGAUCUGCACAGCUGUGCGCUGCUGGAAGGUGGCAACGCCACGUGCUGGGGCUAUAACCACUAUGGCCAGCUUGGACAAGGCGAUCAAGAAGACCGUGGGGACGAACCUGGUGAGCUGGGGAGUGCCCUGCCGACCAUCGACCUGGGCCACGACUUCAGGGUGGUGGCGCUCGCAGCUGGGGCUUCUCACACCUGCGCACUUUCGGAUGAAGGGGAAGUAAAAUGCUUCGGAGCCGGAGAGUAUGGUCAGUUGGGGCAGGGCAACCCGAACAGUAUUGGGAUUGCGCCCGGCCAGAUGGGGGAGGCCCUGCCUGCCAUUAGCCUUGGAGCGCCGGCCAUGCAGAUCACAGCUGGUUCUGGACACAGCUGCGCCCUUUUGAAGGGCGGCCCUAUUAAGUGUUGGGGCCGCAACAAUUUGGGCCAACUGGGCCAGGGCCACGUGGACAACGUCGGCGAUGAGCCGGGCGAGCUGGCCCAGAUGCCCGCAAUCUCACUGGGUGAGGGUGUCCGGGCCACUCGCGUAGUUUCUGGUUACACUCACACUUGCGCGAUUUUGCAGGACGAAAGUUUGCAGUGUUGGGGCAGCAAUGGUUGGGGACAAUUGGGCCAAGGCAUGGUGUCCACUGGCGUCGGCACUGUGGCCGGCGACAUGGGCAACGCACUGCAACGUGCAAUGGUUGGGCCACACCGGGUGCGGGAAGUGGCUGCAGGGAGCGGCCACACCUGUGUGCUGCUCAGUGAUGACACCACACGCUGCUUUGGCUGGAACGAUUUCGGUCAGUUGGGGACCGGCUUUUCUACCAUGGUGACACAAGCCAGCCAACUGGGCCUGGCACUGGUGGCGGCGGAGCUCUUCACACCGACGCCGCGCGACAAGUGGGGAGGCCUCCGCUUGCACCCCUCGAAUGGCGGCUUCACAUCCCCGAGUUGCGGGUCGUGGUGCAGCUGGUACCCCCCGCAAUAUGAUGGUUACAGCGUAGGCUGGUUGGAAGUUUGGAAUGGUGGCAGCUGGGGUCUCAUCUGUGAUGAUGGCUGGUUUCGUGCUUCUGCUGCUGCUGCUGCUCGGGAUCUGGGGCUAGCAGGCGGAAAAUCACUCGUCUUUGAUGUUGGGGCGGGCGACUUCCACAUGGAUGAGGUCCACUGCACUGGACUGCAGCUUUCGGGGCUGGGGAGUGCACGACUGCGCUCCAAGCGAGGUGUGCAGUGUGAUUGGGAAGGCUGGGGCGAGUUCACUGUCCCUGGGCCAUCCGCCCGACAGGGCCACAGCAUCGUCUGGCAUGCUUUGAAGGAGUCGGCGCUGCUCUUCGGUGGCCAUGCAAGCACUCGAUUCGAGUACUUCGACGACGCGUGGCGCUACAGCUGGCCUUCCCGAUCCUGGUCGCAAGUCACUGUGGUCGGCACAGGCCCCGGAGCCAGGUUCGGCCAUACAGCCGUGUGGGACUCGACCACGCAGGCCAUGCUGGUCUAUGCCGGGAAGCAGUUCGAGACCUUCAAGGCCGACCUCUGGCGCCUGGCAGAUGGCGCGACUCCCCAUUGGCACGGGCUGCUUCCCCAGAAUCCUCCAGGAGCCCGUGCUGAACACACUGCCAUUUGGGACACAGCCACGCAGACGAUGCUCAUCUUCGCCGGAGAGAGCGGGCAGGCUUUGAACGAUAUUCACCGAUACAGCAUGACAGACCACGCGUGGAGCAGAUGCACCGAUACUUCCGCACCUCCACCUCGGAGUCAACACUCUGCGGUCUGGGACAGUGUGACAAGGUCGAUGCUCAUCUUUGGCGGAUACACAGGUGACGGCCAGUACCUGGACGAUCUGCAUCGUUAUGACUCCCCACAUGACCGCUGGACAGAGCUGCUGCCAGUGGGAACGCCCUCGCCCAGAGCAGGGCAUGCAGCGGCUUGGGACGCCACGACCCUGUCCAUGUUCAUCUUCGCUGGUGUCGCAAACAGCAGUGGGAACCUUGCCUACGCGUCGGACUUGCACCGCUACAGCUUGUUGUCUGACUCUUGGGAGAAGUUGCCGGACACGGCGGGCCCAUCCGGCCGCGUGGACGCCGCGAUGGUGUGGGACGAAAACUCCCAUGCGUUGCUGACCUUUGGUGGCCGCCGCGCCGCAUAUCAAGGAGACCUCUGGCGAUUUCUUAACUUACAGAGUCCCUCGCCACAUGUGGAGCACUGCCCGGUGGGCCGCCAGUGCGAGUUCGGCGAGUUCGGGGAGCUGGGUGCGGUGGCUUUGCGAAAGUCGUGCGCACAGGCCGCAGUCACGGAGCUCAACUUGACGGCCGGCGUGAACGGUAUCGACAGGGAGCCGGGAACGUACAGGCUCUGCGCCUGCAAUAUUGCAGAAUGCAACCAGGUCUCAGACUUCGAGCAUCCGCUGUCACUGGUCAUCGUGGAGGGGCCGCUCUUCGGGCAGGAGGGCAAAUGCUUCCUGAACACCUCCUGCACCAUCCCCUUCCGUGGCGUUGGCAUCUCGGCAGCGGACCGCGUCGUGGCCAGGAGCAACUGUGGCUCCGAAGCCGAAGAUGCAGUGGAGGCAGAGGCCGCGGCCUUUCGGCAGAUCGACGGAAGCCUCUCUAUAUCCAGUGACCUCCUCAGCGACGCCUUCGUGCUGUCUGUCCUGCCAAACCUGCCGGGGCCACGAACAGUGGAGAUCUGCUGGUGCCCGGCCAACCGCACCUGCGCCUCCGAGGAGGACUUCGCCGCCAGGCUGCUGCGGUUGCACGUCGGCUGCCCUCCGGGUACCUACGAAUCGCAAGGGGCCUGUGACGAAUGCCCAGCGGAUCAUGUCUGCCUCGGCGGCGUCGGAAAGCAGAGGUGUCCCUACGAGAGCUCCGCACCCAUCGGCGACUUGGUGCAGUGCAACUGCUCGGCAGGAUUCUAUUGGAGCCUGGACAGCUGCAUGGCGUGCCCUUUCGGGUCCUCCACGCCGCUGCCCGGCUCCAGAUCGUCCACGGACUGCCAGUGCCUUCCGAGCACGGAGCCGAAAGGAAGCAACUGCGAAUGUCGCGCGGGCUAUGGCCAUGAAGGCUCAGGUUGCCUCCUUUGUGAAGAAGGCUUCUACAAGCCGGACGUGGGCAACAAGCCUUGCAGCCUUUGCCAGAACCAGAGGGAGAACACGAUGACGCAGAAGAAGGGGGCUACUUCUGCUGCAGAGUGUCACUGCCGGCCAGGCUUUGAGGACCGCAGCGGCACCUGCGAACCUUGCCCUCUGGGCAUGUUCUGCAAUGGGACUGGCGAGGCCUUCCCGUGCCCGGUGGGCGCCACCACGAUCGCAGAAGGUGCAGAGAUGUCGGAGGAGUGCGUGUGCCAGAGAGGCUUCUACUUGUUCAAUCACUCCUUCUGCAAACCCUGCCAAGAAGGGUUCUACAAGGAGAGCCUUGGCAACGACGCCUUCUGCCCGCAGUGCCCCACGAAUGCCAACGGCCCAUUGAACUCCACGAGCCCUUUGAACUGCUUCUGCGAAGCGGGCUUCUAUGCAGAGGUGGACGUGGAGCAGGGCUUCAUCACGCGAUGCGUCGACUGCGGUGCCCUUUCGGACAUGAACUGCGCCGGCGGCCUCGAGGACUUCAGGCUCUUGAACGACACCGGGCGCCAUGCCCUCCCGUUGGCCACAGAGGGGUUCUAUCAGACCGGGAAGGCCAUCGCCAUCAAGUGCCGAGUGAAGACCCAGGAGGGCUCCAGCACCUGCCUUGGCAGCGAGCUGCUCAGGGCAGCAUGCACGGUAGGUGAGGACGGUGAGGACUCAGACUGCCCGGACGACCGCCUUCUCGGCAACCGCUGCGCCGUCAACUCCCAGGGGAUGCUCUGCGCGGAGUGCCCACCGAGCUUUGCCAGGGACAGUUUCCAGGCACCAUGCCGCGAAUGCCAGGAGACAGAGCUUGCGAUGGCCAUCUCGCUUCUCCUGGAUGUUUCCGCCAAGGCGGCCGUAAAUUUCGUGGUGGCCUCCAUGGCAGCCACCGCGGCGGUACGAGGCAGUGGGAAGCUCCACACGUCGAUGAUCCGCAUGGCCAACCAAUGGCUCGCAGCCUGCUCCGUGAUUGGAUCCUUUGAUCUGGACCAGCUCCGCAACAUUUUCAUGCCGGAGACCGGAGGUCCCAGCUUUGAAGGCGGCGAGGUCUUCCCAUGGCCGUCCUGGGUGAGGGAUGCCAUGAGGGACUUCUUGGAAUUCUUCUCGCUGCUCCGGCUCCAGGUCUCCAUACACUUCGCCGUCCAGUGCUUUGCAGAGAAGCGGAUGCUUGCGCUGUUUGCUGGCGAGUUGGGGCCGGGGUCCGUCGCCAAGGCCAAGAACACGGCCCUGGGAAUUUACUUCCUGGCCCUGCCCGUGCUGACCACGCUGGCCUCCGUGAUGCUCUCGGCCCUGGCCGCCUACGUCCUCGUCCCUUUUGCCAAGCGCCGAGGCUAUUCCUUCAACGAGGCAGACCGCAGGAGGAAGGCCAAGGCCAAGGCACUGAGAGAACUGCACCAAAGCUUGGUGACGCUGUUGGAGAGCUGUGGGCUGAGCUGGGAGGACGUGGAGGACUCGGGCCUCGUCGACGUGAACCUCGCAACGUUGCAGCAGGCGCUGGAGACCAAGGAGGCUCCCGGCCGCUUCCUUCAACGCGGCGUCGCCAACUCACCCCAGCUGCUUCUGAAGGCUCUCCAGGGCUUGGCGCGCCGGAAGGGCCGGCGCCUCAAGAGCCAGCCGCCCGAGGCCACCGCACUUAGCGAGGUUGCAGAGCGGGAGUUGGCAAAGUCCUCCGACUUCUCCACCUUCCUGGAAAGGGUGCUGGUGGACGUCCGCAAGCCCGAUGAGCCCGAGAAAUUUGAGGAGCCCGAGGAGCCCGAGGAGCCGCGGGAGGAGAACGCUGAGGCCAAAGCCCCGAAGCUGGCGCGCUACGAGCCGCUUGGAUCCGUCAGGACAGUGCAGACAAUCAACCUCGACCGGGACCUGGACGUGGAUGCAGAGAUGGACUCCCUGGACUUCGGCCUGUUCCAUACCAAGCCGAGCCCAUGGCAGCUGAUUCGCGAGAGCAUGCCAAUCGUUUGGAUCGGCUUGGUGUCCAUUUGGCCCGUGUUACUGUCCGGGUUCCUUCGGCUGUUGUGGUGCGUGCCAUUUGAGGUGGACGAGGGCAAGACUUCCUAUCGCCUCCUUCCCAACCCCGACAUCGUGUGCGAGUCUGGAUCGGAUGAGUCAGAUGCCUACGGCCUGCCGGCGAGGAUCGCGGUGUCAGGGCUGAUGCUGUGGUGCAUCGGGAUCCCCUUAGCCCUGGUGCUGAGGGUGCUUUGGCUCUCCGACCGCCAGGCGCCCGACACCCAGAGGAGGUACGGCUACUUCAUACAGGGCUACGAGCCUCAAUUCUGGUACUGGGACCUUUUGGUGAAGCGUGCAGACGUUGGGCUGAUGAUGCUGUUCACGUACACCGCCAUCAUUCCGGCUUCAGAAGCGAAGCUUCUGCUCUUCCCGGUGCUGUCCGGGGUUCAGGUCAUUGCCACAGCCUGGCUGAAGCCAUUCAUCAACAACCAGGCAGAGAUCCUUGACAUGUUAGAUGUCCUUUUGGGCACCGUGCGGUUCAUCCUUUUCAGCUCUGUCGCGGCCCUUUUGAUCCUGCGGCCGGGGGAAGAGGCAACUCACGUCAUGGCAGUGCUGCUGCUGUGCAUGCUGGUUGCCUCAUUCUCUUAUCUGCUUGUGCACAUCGUCACGCAGUUCUUACGGCACGCGGCCGUGCAACAGCCUACAGGGGGGACCGGGAUGCUGGCAAAGCUCGGCUGGCUUCAGCGUGCUGCUCUUCGCUUGGUCCUGCCUGCAUUUCAGCAAGCCGCCGGCGAGAAUAUCGAGGUGUCUUGGUCCUUCGAGGACAGCUUGCUGUUGGCCCCCAUCUCGAGCUCGUGUGUGCCAAUUGACGCGACCUUCAGGGACGAUAUGCGCCUCAAGACGUGGCAGACCAUGCGCAGCCUGCGGGCGGGAAUGCUGCGCUUCGGCCCAGCCCACCAGGAUGCCGUGAUUCUCAAAGCCACCGAAGACUUCACUGAUUUCGUGCUUCAUCAGCUAGACCACCGUGAGCUCCAUUGUGAGGGCAUGAAGCAUCUUUGUGUUCUGGCAACUGCCAACCGAAAUCUACCCCACAGCUUGGCAAAGAGCCGUGUGGGCAAGGCAUGGCUGUUGGCCGUGCUGGACUUGGUGGAUGUCAAACACGACAAGCACCCAUGCACUCCCGAAGACCUGGAGCGUGCCAUAGGAAGCCUGGCCCAGAUGCCCAAGGAGGAUGCCAGCAGGCUGAUCCAGAGCGUGGCCAGGGUCUGUGCAGAGUGUGCUGCGGGAAGGCAAAUCAAGAUGUUCAAGGCUGAUUCCAAGAGGCUCAUCGCCAAGAUCUGCACAGAGCAGGUUGCAGAGAACGUUGCCGAGCACAUUGCAGAGCAAUUCGCACAGCGCGUGAGAUGCCAAACUGCAGAGCUGGAGGGCAGGGCAUACAGGGCGCCUCCGGACGAGCACAACAAGGCGACCUGGGCUAUUGAUCUCCGGCAGCUGCUGGUCUCCGAGUGGGACGCUGCGGCAGAGGAGGAGAAUGGAGCGAAUCUCCAAGAGGGCACCGCCAUACGCACCUCCACGGCCCAAGGGCUGGAGACGGUGGACUUGUCGGAGGGAAAGGAAGAGGAGGAGCAAUGUAUGGACACUGCAGCCCAGGCGUUGCAUCAGAACAUGAGCGAUCUUCUGGCUACCCAGACAGACGAGGAUGAUUUGCAGGACGGCCUGCAGGAUGACGCGUCCGAGAGCUCUCAGAAAAAAAUUCGUUCCAUCUGA